CCGAUUUCCUCAAUCUCUCUCUCGAGCUUCCGCGCGCCUGUCUCCUUUCACGCCCAUCUGCCGCCGUUCCUAAUCAGCCACGCGCACCCACCACCGCCAGCAGCCAUGUCGGCUUUCCUGGGCUACAUAUACUCCUUCUUCAAGGGUUAUGCCGCCCUCGUCGUCGCCCUCUACAUGCUGUCCUACGUCGUCCCCAAGGCCGCCUUUGGCGCUCGUGUCCUCGCUUCCUACAUCUCGCUCGCCGUAGCAGCCGGCUGGGGUGUCUUUGCCUCCAUCUUCCUGAAGCUCAUCGGCGAGCAGGGCAUUGCGCAAUGGAUGACCGGCCGGUUCUUGUACUACAUCAUGGCCGUCACCACGGGCGUUACCUUUGAGGUUAUCGAUCCCAACCACAUUCUCGACAACACUCGCCCUGCCGUCUUUGUUGGCAACCACCAGACCGAACUCGACGUCUUGAUGCUAGGCACUAUGUUCCCCAAGUACUGCAGCGUCACUGCCAAAGCCUCGCUCAAGAAGACGCCCAUCCUCGGCUGGUUCAUGACCUUGAGCGGCUCCAUCUUCAUCGAUCGCAAGAACACAAAGGAUGCCAAAGAUGCCAUGGCCGGCGCUGCUGAGCAGAUUCGCAAGAGGAAUCAGAGCGUGUACAUGUUCCCCGAGGGCACCCGUAGCUACGCCAAAGACCCUGUACUGCUGCCCUUCAAGAAGGGCGCCUUCCACCUGGCCGUUCAGGCCGGUGUGCCCAUUGUGCCCUGCGUUGUCGCCAACUACAGCCACGUCCUUUACCUCAAGGGUCUCAUCUUCAACUCUGGAAAGAUCCCCGUCAAGGUCUUGGACCCUAUCCCCACUACUGGCCUGACCGCUGCCGACGUCGACGAGCUCACCCGCAAGACCCGAGACCUGAUGUUGGAGGAGCUCGUCAGCCUGACCGAAAAGGCCCAGGGCAGGCCCAUGAAGGUCACCCACGACGUCCCUUCUGCGAAGACGACCGGAACCGACGCCACGGAUACCAUCUCGGCCCUGUAA